AUGGCGAAAACGCUCCGCGACAUAAAGUGGGUCGGCAAGUCGUUCAAGUCUGUCGACCAGGUUGACUCUAUCAUCGUGAAACUCGAGGGCAAGAGAGCUAGCUGGAGGCAGUGGGUAUCUGCCACAGUGCGUGAGAUGAUGUAUCAAGGGGUUGCCUCAUCAACAAUGAUUUAUGACGAUCGGCCGGUGUUUGAUCAUUUCCGCUAUGUGAAUGAGAGCUUGUGGCAGGCAUCAUGGAAGGCAAGGCAUUGGCAAGCAGGGUAUUAUCAGUAA